GCCAAGAUAGAACAGAGCAAAAGAUGCUGAGAAUAUCUUUCUGAUUGUGUGGCCACCCAUCACCACACUUGCUAGAUAGAGAUACACACAGACAUGAAGCUUAUUCUGUUCUGCUUUUUUGGAGUCUUUUGCUGCUGUGAUGGUCUGGAGAUGCACUGUGACAUCAGAGGUGGUGGAGCACCUUGUUAUGGACCUUUGGGAGGAUCUUUGAUCAUCAAGCUGAUGGAAGUAAACACCAACAUAGAAAUAUGGAAUUUAAAAAAAAACACAAUAACGAUCCUGAGAUGGAGAGGGGGAAGGUUUACACCCGGGAAUGACAAGAGCAGAUACUUCUUCGGUCGACAGAAUGGAAGCUUGACAAUAGCAUCUCUGACCACAGAGGAUGCUGGCACUUAUCUUUUAGAGGGAUUUGAUAAGGAUGGAUACUACAUAUCUCACAGAAAUUUCCGCAUCUAUGUUGAAGGAUUAACUCCUAGCGUCAGCAGCCUCCCCACUGACACCAGCAUGGCUCCCGGCCCGAAGAAUCAGUCUCAGAUUGACAAUGCAGGAAACUUGACCAUCAAAGACUACUGGCCCAUACUGGUGGGAGUCCUCGUCGCUGUGGUCCUGCUGUCUGUUUUAUUUACAGGAAAAAACAAAAAGGUCUGGAGAUGCACUGUGACAUCAGAGAAGGUGGAGUACCUUGUCAUGGAUCUUUGGGAGGAUCUUUGAUCAUCAAGCUGAUGGAAGAAAACACCAAUGUACCAAAAUGGACUUCAAAAAAAGACACAAUAACGAUCCUGAAGUGGAUAGAAAAGUUUACAUUCGGGAAUGACAAGAGCAGAUACUUCUUCGGUCGACAGAAUGGCAGUUUGACAAUAGCAUCUCUAAACAGGGCUGAUACUGGUGCUUAUCGCUUAGAGGGAUUUGAUAAGGAUGGAUACAACAUAUCUCGCGCAAUUUUCCGCAUCUAUGUUGAAGGUAAAUAUUGUUCAUUUAUGUAUGAAUAUAAUCUCACGUCACAGAAGAACAGUGCUGCUCUAAUCCAAGUCUCAGACAGCUGACUGAGGACGAUCAAACACUCACACUGUUGAGAAUCAGGUCACACUAUUUAGUAAGAGAGGUGUGUGGGAACAGUGGGAAGAGCUUCCUUUUUAAAGGUCAUUUUUUUGCUCAAAUAUAACAGAACAUACAUAACUGUCAUGACCCAAGUGUAGAAUUGUUGCCAGUGAAUAGAAACGACAAGAGUAAGAGUUAACAAUGAAUUUCAAUACAAUAAACCCAAAUUAUACACGAACAAGAAUGAAUAACUGAGGACGUAGACACCAGAAGUGGCGCAAAGAAGAGAAAACCUGAAAACAGAAAAGCAGGUGAAUUAAGUUCAAACCUAAAAUAACGGGACAACUGAAAAGCACUAGGAAACAAAACAAACAAGGAUAAGCUAUGACACGGGGAAACAGAAAUGGCACUAACACUCACACACGACAGAAAUGGCACUAACACUCACACACGAACAGGAGCUACAAGAGAUCAGAGGGUCGAGAGAGAGAGUAUUACCGUCGGAACACGGAGUGACCAUCUGGCAGCACAGACUGUAACCCAGAUGUCCAUGCAGUCUGAUCGGCAGAAUGGGAUCCAGCUGUGCUGCCAUCAAGCUAGAAGCGAGGGGAUGAAUAAAGGAAACAACACACCAGAACACAGGAAAUAACAGAAUAAAAGCACACAAAAACCAAACCAUAACAAUAACCAUUAUAACUAAUAAUCAUUUACAUCAAGGAUUGUGAACCUCCAAUAUAUGUAUGGAUGAAACUAACCUCAUACUAAUCUCUACCCGGCUCCACUGAUGAUCCAUCUCUUCAUAGGAUUAACUCCUACCGUCAGCAGCCUCCCGGCCUGAAGAAUCAGUCUCAUAAUCACAUUUCAGGUAAUAAAAAGCUCAACCUUCCCGAAGAGCUCCUCCUCACAACUCUUCACAGAAAAAGCAGCAGACUUCUCGCCUUUACUGGUGGCACUCCGCUUCGGUGUGUUCCUGCUCUUGGCCAUCGGAGCUCUUGCCUACUUUUGCAGGGAAAAACGCAAAGGUGGGAAGCUAAAUCGCAUCAACAUAACUAUGGUGAAUUUGAUACCACACCUGUAAGUAAUAACAUUGAUGUGAGUCCUAAGAGUUUCUUCGUGUAGACGAAGAAACUCAAUCAAUGUUUACUUUUAAUAAACACAAAAUCAAUAGCCAUGAACCCUCAAAGCUGAAUGCAUGUUGAACUGACUAGUGGCGAGUCAUCUUUCUGCUUCCUCCACUGCAUUUUCAACAUCACACCUCUUACCACAAUGAUGCUAUUGUUUGAGAUCUCACAACUUUUCUCAUCGCCACAGUGCGAGCUGUCAGACGGUGGCUAACUAACUAAGUUAACAAAGUACACAGGGCAUUGCACAACAGCAAAUCCUGCAUCCAACCUUUUAGUCAAGCAGCCUUCUCUAUUCUCUGCCGGACUUCACGAUACUUGGUUACCUAACUUUUGCAGCAUGAAGUAUAUUAAGCUGUGGGGCUCUUUCAAAAGCCUCAUCAGCUCAAAGUGUUCAUCACACCUCUGUUUUGCUUUUUUAGCUGCUGUCGACACGUUUGAAAUGACACAAGUGAUGACGGCCGACCAAAGACUCUCGUGAGCGUUCCAUGGUGCGAGCCCUGACAUUCAUUUGAUGGGGAAUUAGAAAAUGUUGCCAAGUGAAAUGUAACCUCGCAAUGCUUCAUGAUUUAAAAAUGCUUUGCUUGUGCUAAUAUUUGUGUGAAUUAUCAAAAAUAAAUGUAUUUUCCUGCAACCAAUAGACUUGUUUUAAAAGACGAAGUCCAGUCUUGAGGUCUGGUUUGGUUUGUUAAAGCUCAACAACUGUGUCAUGCUAGAAUCAAUCACAGCUGGAUAAUGUGUGUGUUCAGUGUUGGUUCUUAUAAAAUGCAUAUCUGCUUUUGGUCAACAAAAAACUGGCUGUUUGCUUCCUUGUGAAGGAACCGGAAUAAGGGUUGCACUUUGAAACAACCAACAUCGCAAGAUAGGAGCGCAAUCUUGCAGCAUUUGUUAUAUUGUCAUGGUUUUAAAUUUCCAAAGAGGAAGCCACAAACUAAAAGCAGUAGUUGAAUGCAGCAGGGGGGACUGUGUUCUUCUGUCAAAGCUGCUGAUAUAUACCACAUGCUAUAUUGUGAUUCUCUU